UAUUACGCAGCGCAGUCAUCCAAAUUCGGCACCUCAAAUUCGAACCAUAGUGCGAAGCACAAAACAUAAUACACGGUGCAAAACUUUCAGAAAUAAAUGGUGCGGGCGUUGUGGUGGGCUAUGCAUGGAAGCUGCAAGGCCACCCACGAGUGACGCAGUUUUUUUACGCCACUGGCUAUUCGCAAUAUUUAAGAUGAAUCAUACCAUCUCUAAAAUAUAGCAAUCACGAAUAUUCAAGUUUAAGGUCAGCCCACCACUAUUGCUUAAUGUCAAGUUCACCCUAACCUUACUUUUGUUUUGUUUUUGUGAUUUUCCAGACUUUUUAGCAAUUUAAUAUAAUAAAGCACUGGUUGAGGUGUGUGAUCGUGUUAAAUUCAAAUACAAAAAAAUGAACCUUCUACCAAAAAGUAAAGAAGAUUUCAGCCAGAAAGAGUAUUGGGAUACAUUUUUCAAGAAGAGAGGAGCAAAGGCAUUUGAAUGGUAUGGAGAAUAUCUAGAGCUUGCAGACAAUCUACAUAAAUAUAUAAAAAAACAAGACAAUGUCCUCAUUACUGGAUGUGGUAAUUCAACACUUGGUCGUGAUUUGUAUAAUAUUGGCUAUGAAAACAUAACUAACAUAGAUAUAUCUCCAGUAGUCAUAAGGCAGAUGUUAUCAAAUGAUAGCAAAGACAGACCAAACUUGAAGUACAUCCAGAUGGAUGCUUUGAACAUGUCCUUUGAAAGUCAACAAUUCAGUGUUGUGUUAGAUAAAGGUACAUUAGAUGCUCUUAUGCCUGAUGAUAAAGAAGAAACAGUAGCUAAGAUCAAGCAAUAUUUUGAUGAAGUAACUAGAGUUCUUAAAAAUGGGGGUAGGUACAUAUGUGUAUCUUUGCUGCAAGAGCAUAUAUUGAGAUACAUGUUACAAUAUUUUCCAUCAAACAACUACAUGUUCAGAGCUGUGAGGUGCUUUGAAGCUGAAAAGAAGGCCAUUGAAAAUGGUGAAAGCUGUAUGCCAGUGUUUAUGGUUAUAUGCACAAAAUUCUCUGCACUGCCUAGAAAGGUGCUAGAGUUGAAUUUAGGAUCACUAGAUAAAAUGCAGAGAUAUGAGAAAGAGGAAGAAAUUAUUUUGAGCAUAGCCAAUGUUCAAAACGCAUCUUUUGUAUGCUCAGGAUUGAAACGAUCGAAUAUUGGGGAAGAAAAUGAAGUAGUUUUAGAUCUUUAUGAACCUGGCAGUAGGAAUCCCAGGUUCACAGUUUAUGUUGUAGAUAUACCACCACAACAUAACUAUUUACAAUAUGCAGGGUUCAUAGUUCCCGAGGGCAGGGAGGCAGAAUGGUUAUUCUCGACAAAAGCUGGAAGGAAGAAUUUGGUACGCGUAACCAAACAUAAUCGUCUCGCCAUUAUAACAUUACACAGAGGACAAAAAUAUGAAUCACUGGAUGCAGUGCAAAAAGAACUUUCAGAUACAAUUUGUAAUUUGGCUCCGUCUUCACUGAAUGUAAAAAAGAUUCCAUUCCUUUCUCUAGGCUCUGAUGUAGGGCACCGUACUAUCAGAUAUGAAGGGAACUCACAAUUUUCUGGAGACUAUGUUAUCGAAGAUGUGAUCACAGAAAGUGGUGACAAGUAUCGACGAUUAUUUUAUACCAGCUCGCAACUCGUUAUCCAGUCAGAGGGAAAAUUGAGGCAGAUCAAAUCUAGAAAAGGAGCGCCUAAAGAAGUUGUAGAUCUGCUUUACUUGACUUGCAGACAUCAUGUUUACAUGAGCUUGGCGACCUAUGUGGCAUGCAGGGAAAAACGAAAAAUAAACAUUUCUGUGAUUGGUCUAGGAGGUGGUGGGCUUUGCUCUUUCUUGCACAAAUUUAUUCCCAAAUCUAAUAUCCUAGGGGUUGAUAUAGACCCUGAAAUGUUAAAAAUUGCUACGGAAUGGUUUGGCUUCCAACAAAACGAUAGAUUGCAAGCAAAAAUUCAAGAUGGGUUAGAGUAUAUAAAGGAAGCUGCACAAAAUGGUGGAGAACUAAAUGCCAUACUAUUUGACGUAGAUAGCAAAGACUCCUCUGUUGGGAUGAGUUGCCCACCUAGACAAUUUUUAGAAAAAGCUGUCUUAAUAAAUGUUGCUGCGCUAAUUGGGGAUUCAGGACUAUUUAUAUUGAACCUAGUCUUGAGAGACCACACCUUAAGGCCAUCAGUUCUGAAAAACCUGAAAGAUCAUUUUGAGACAAUUUUGACAUGUAAGCUGGACGUGGAUCUCAAUGAAAUUGUUAUUUGUUCGAAUAAUAAAAUAUACAUGGAUCAUCUCAAAGAUGCAUGUGUUUCGUUGAACAGCUUUUUCAAAAAGCAUAAUGUUACCGACAAUAUUGUUGAUGUAGAUAAGUUUAUGCAAUCAUUAAUAAUGCAGUCGUUAACAAUAAAUAAUUAAGAAAA